AUGAGUAAAGCGAAAUAAACAAAAGUCUCUGCUCCAGUAGGUGGAGGAUUGGCUGUAAAAGUAGUUGAAUAAAAAAUGCCAACUCUCGAGGAUUAUGUAAAAAAUAGGGAUUGGGUUGGAGCAGUUGCUCUAUUGGAAAAUGAAUAAAACUUUAAUGAUUCACGUGCCGAACCCAAGUUGUGGCUAGCCUACGCAUAUUUCCACAAUGGAGAUUACAAAAAAGCAAUUUAAGUUUACGAUCAAAUGAUGAGCAAACCUGACUACAAUAAGGAGAUACAUGUGUAUAAAGCCUGUUGCUAUUAUGCACUUUGCUAAUAUGAAGAUUCAAAAAGAGAAUGCUCAAAAGGACCAGAAACUCCUUUGGCUGUCAGAUUAUAAUUUCAUAUUGCACAUAAAAAAAAUGAUGAAAAGAAUCUUAUGACUUAUCAUCAUAAGAUAUCUGAAAAUGUGCAUGAUUAAUUAUGCCUAGCUGCUAUUCAUUAUUUAAGAGGACAUUAUGAAGAAGCAACGGAUGCGUAUAAAAAACUAUUGUUAGAGAAUCGAGAAUAUACAGCUAUUAAUGUUUAUGUGGCUUUAUGUUAUUAUAAAAUGGAGUAUUUUGAUGUUUCAAUUGAAAUCCUACAGUCUUAUUUAAAUCAAUAUCCUACGAGUGUUACUGCUGUGAAUUUGAAAGCAUGCAAUUAAUUUUCAUUAUACAGCGGUAAGGCAGCUGAAGAGAUAAUGAAGCCUUUACAAUAAGCUUAUGAGGGAGGAAAUGUUUUCGCUGAUAAUGAUUUAUUAAGACAUAAUUUAGUUGUGAUGAGAGGUGGAGAAAAUGCAUUAUAAACAUUGCCUCCAUUAGUAGAAAUAUUUCCAGAGGCUAAAUUGAAUCUGAUAAUUUACUAUUUAAAAAACGAUGAAGUCGAGGAGGCAUUCAAUUUAGUUAAAGAUCUCUAACCUACUUCCCCUAAAGAAUAUAUACUUAAGGCAAUAGUAUAUGCUAUGAAGGGUCAAUUAAAUCUAGAUUAAAAAGAAGCAUUAAAAACUGCUCAAUAAUUAUUUUAAUUGGUAGGAUCAUCUGCCAGUGAAUGUGAUACUAUUCCAGGAAGGUAGUGUAUGUCCUCAUGUUUCUUUUUAUGCAAGUAAUUUGAGGAUGUGUUAGUUUACUUAAAAUCAAUAAAAAAUUACUUCUCAAGUGAUGAUGAUUUUAAUUGGAAUUAUGGAAUUGCAUGUGCUGGAGUUGGAGAUUAUAAGGAGGCUGAAGACGCACUCGUAGCAAUACAAGCUGAGAAAUAUAGAUCUGAUGAUUGUUACUUAAAAUGGAUGACAAGAACCUUCAUUAUGAAUGGAAAACCAAAAGAGGCUUGGGAAUUGUAUUUGAAUAUGGAUCCUUCUUCAGAGUCUUUCUAAAUUUUGCAACUUAUAGCUAAUGAUUGUUAUAAAAUGGGCCACUUUUAUUACGCUGCAAGAGCGUUUGAUAUUUUGGCUAGAUUAGAUUCGGAUCAUGAAUAUGAAGAUGCUCUCAAAGGAUCUGUUGUUGGAGUAUUUUAAAUGGUUAUUGCAUCCAAAGCCACCUUAGAUCAAUUGCUUGAGGUAAUGAACCUGUUAACUACUCUUGGGGAUAAUCCUUAGGUUGAAUACAUCAUUACCAUUAUUAAGAAAUGGGGGAAGUAAAAUAAUUGGAAAAUCUGA